UGCGCAACUGAACCCAUAAAGAAACCUGCAAAGCCAAAAGCAUCUUCAACUCCAUAUUAACUCCCUGUAACUCCAUUUUUAUUUCAACAUCACCCUGUAUGGAACCAUAUGAGACAGCGAAGAAGAAGUAAAAGCUGAGCAAAAAAAAAGGAUGAACAAGAGAUGAAGGUAAAGAGAGGAAUUUUUUUUUCUAUCGAGAUUAUCGUUUGGUUUUCAGUUUAAUAUCAUCAUGAAUGUUUACUAUUCAUCCAUUGUUGUUACUUUACUUUCAAGAUAAUAAUUAUAAUAAUAUACUUUUCAUCUUCAAACCAACAUCAACCUUUUACUUCAAUUGAAGUCUUGAAAUAGCAAAUUUGGUUUCCAUUUUUUUCCCUUCUUGUUAACCAGUUCAAUUUCAAUCUCAUCAUUGUUACCAUCAUUUUAAUGACAAGAUGAUUGUGUCAAAGUUUAUAACAUCAAUUGGACCUGCUCUUGGACGAUUAAAAAGACCUUCCAAGAAGAAUAAUCAUGAUCUAACUUGAUUACCAGUCUAAACGUGAAAACCUGAGUUUGCAGUUCUGUGAAUACUCAGUAGUUAUCAAUUUUUGUUUCUCUUUGGAUUAUUAUUGUUUUCAUAGUUGAAUCGUUGAAAAGCUGCAAUCAAAAUUGAGGCCAUUAAAGGUGUUUGUAAGCCUAGCGGCCACGGUAAAGUAAACCUGAAGAUACCUUUACCCAACACUGAAUUGACUCACUUUUUUCUGGUUGCGGACCGCACAAUAUGAAAGCAUCUGUAACAAUUUUACCUGCUCAGCAUUUUUAUCAUUAUUGUAAGCCGUUGAAGAUAGUUGAAGCAGCAAAAGCAAAGCCUUUGGACGAAAGUUAUUUAGUGGUUGUUGUUGACCUUUACAGUUACAAGGAUAAUAAUCAGUGCAAUUUGUUAUUGUUAUCAUCUUCCUCAUCACCUCACUCUUCAUCAUCAUCAUCUAAGAGCCAGUAUAUUUGUGCCCAUAAAGCAUCGCCUUUCCUUGAGUCGUGCACAUCAACAAGGAAUACUAGCUUCAUUGACCUUCCAACCAACCUAGACACUUCACCUUCCCUGCAUCAAAUCACAAGACUCGAGUCCCCUCUACUCGUCUUGUAUUCAUCAACGAAACGCUCAAAUAAAGUUGAACGUUUCUUUCACUCGAUCAUCGCCCUUCAAUAUUCGCGUAAAAGAUUCAGCAAAAGCUUAUCUUCUCAUCAAAUAUCACUGCCUCUUCCACCUUCAUCACCAUCAUCUUCAUCAUCUUUAUUACCUUCAACUUAUUGUCUGUAUAAAGGCAAAAGUGAUUCCAUUGAGGUUGAUAAAAGUGCUAAUCUACUGUUAGCGUGUUACUCGUUGCUACAUUCAUUGGAACCACAUCCAACCUCAACAACCAGUUAUUAUUAUCAUUAUUGCAAUUACUUUACGUUAAAGUAUAUUAUUGAUUGUUAUACAUUAUUACCCUUAUAUCUAUUAGUAUUUCAAUUCAAUUUCAUUUGCAACAUUUGUUUCAAUUUUAUCGUUAAACUAAACCUAAAUAACCAAAUUAAGUUAGCUUGGAGCAAAGUCAAUUUUAUUGAAAUCAAUAGUAAACCCUGUUAUCGUACAUACUUGAACAUCAGUCAAAUUUAAUUUGAAAAUAUUAGACAAUUUUUUAAAUAUUUAUAAUCACAGUUUUCCAAAUUGUUUACACUGUUUCAUUUGAUAGCUGAUAUACAAGCCUUUAUUCAUGCAAUAGUUCAACUUCAAUUAUAACGCCGAUAAUUACAAUUGAAGUUUCUCUGCCAAUAAAUUAGAUCAUUCCAAAUAUUAGCAGAUUUAUAGUAAACUAGAAAAUUAAACCUUAAUCAAUUGCUGAUGCAGAAAUUUGAACGAAAAUAAAUCAAAUUUCUGUUCAUUUCGCUUUUCCCUAACAAUUGCCGAAUCGCAGGCAAAAAAGAUAACCUUAAACGGACAAUUUCGUUUAUCGAUUACUUAUCAACACUGAAAGGAGACAAAAAGAAUCGCCUUUUAUUGUCAAAGUCAAGUUAAUUGCUGUCAAGACUUUUCCCAUUUCAAAUACAACUAAUUGCUGAUCGAGAAGACCAACCAAUCUCAACAAGAUUCAUCCUCGUGGGAACCACGAGCACUCUGCAAUGUCCUUUCUCUUCCGGUUAGUACAGUUUCACGACUUGAUCGGUGGAAUCCAUGUGCCGGUAGACGAUGGAGUGGACAAAUUGAACCGAAAAUAUACCUUAUUGGUGUUCCUCUUCCUGGCUCUGCCCAUAUUUACCAAACAGUACAUCGGUGAUCCAAUUGAAUGUUUUACACCAACAUACUUCACCGAGCCUCAGGCUCGAUAUGUCAACUCUUAUUGUUGGACUGCUUCCACUUAUUACUUGGUGGCAGCUGAUGCCGACGAUGAAGAUUACGAUAUAGUCGGUCAAUUGGGAAAGAAUCAGGAUCCACCCGAUCCUCGAGUCCUUCCUGAGGAAUUAGAUUACGGAGGUUUCGAUGUUGCCUCAACGGGACCGGAGAGAUUGAGACGAGUGCGUGUCGGCUAUUAUCAGUGGGCUCCGUUGAUAUUAUUAGUGCAAGGAUGUUGUUUCUAUGUGCCCUUCCUUGUGUACAAUUCGUGUGCUCACAAUGCUGGUGUUAAACUUCGGCGUCUCUUGAAGAAAGCCUCGGACAUAGCGAGUCUUCCGCCUGGUUGUCAACAGAGGGAAGCCUUGUUGGCCGAGUUUGUUGAUCAAUUCCACACUUUAGUUACUGGGGAAGCGGGUUGGUGUACUGACCCUUCAUGUCGACUUCCACUUUCAUGUCGUUGUUGCUCCGGAGGACCCAGUCGGUAUUUGUGCCUACUUUAUUUACUGGUUAAAAGUCUGUAUGUGCUUAACGUUGGACUUCAAUUCCUGUUACUCGGUUCAUUUAUGGGCCGAGGUUUCCUUCGCCAUGGCCUGGAACUUAUCCGCCGACUGAUGGCCGAAGGUGAAUGGUGGGCCUCACCGAGGUUCCCCUUGCAAACCUUGUGCCAAGUUCGAGCCGCCAUACAAGGUGGCCUUCGAACGUAUACCUGCCAAUGUGUACUGCCCAUUAAUGUAUUCAAUGAGAAGAUAUUUUCCGUUGUGUGGUUCUACAUGGCCUUCUUGUUGCCCCUUAAUGUAUUAAGUCUACUCUUUUGGGUAUGGCGGAGCUUCCGGUGCAACAGGUUGGCCUACAUUCGUCUGUGUCUAUGGCGAACCCGAUUAGUCUCAAUGGCUGAAGUGGGUCGAAUGGCCCGUAAGAUAUCAGGUCAAUAUUUGGGUUGGGACGGUGUUUUUGUCCUUCGUUUAAUUGAACACAAUCAUGGUUCCAUCAUGGCCACACUCAUAGUUUCCCGUUUAUGGGAGUUUUAUGCCAACCAGAUGAAGAUGCAGGAUGAAGGAAUUUGACACACCUAAAUGCUUUAGAUUAACCUAUUACAAUUGAUACGAAGCAGCAUCAAAAGGUUCCAAGAUGUCAACUUCAUCAACGAAUCGAGUCUUUGAAUGGAAACAAACUGUAAAUUAAACUGACCACCAAUUGUGCUGCAUUCCUUAAUGUACAUUAUCAUGCAAAACACACAGCGAUCUCACCUCAGCCACAAGACCAUGAGCAUCAAGGGUGACUAAAACUACGGACAGAAUAACUUUUGUUUUUUUUAUUGGGUAAACACAUGAACCAUGCAAUUCUGUUCACACUUAUGUUCAGAACUGAUGAUCAUCAUUUUUCAUUUGAAAUUCACACAAAUGAGAGUCCAAGUGAGUUUAAACGGUCAAAGAGAAUAAGAAAAAAGAAAGAAAAGCUCAACAUGAUAUAAAUCAAUGAAUCGUCAACAUUUAAUUGGAAACAAGCACAAGAUCGAGAAGUGAAUUUCAUCAAUUUCCUUCUUCUUCCUCAUUCUGUUGAUGAUUACUUGAUUGGUCUUAACCAUGUUUAACUAGCAAUUCAAGCCUUCCAAUUCCCACAAAACCAGACAAAAUGCCAAAACUUGAGAACAGGAUUCAAAAAUUCUUCUUCCAUUUCCUCUUUAAUUUCAAUUGCUGGCCAAUAAUCAAUCCCUCUAAUGAUUCCCUGUUUCUUUAGUCAUUGAAUGUUUAUCAAUCUUAAACCAGAAACUCAGCAAUAUCAAUUCCUGUUGACCAGAAAACUGGUUAAAUGGCUGAUGAAAGGUUGGAAACUGAAAAGAAGAGUUUAGGGAACAAAAUUAUUCGUUUGUUGAGAUAAUUAUGUAUAUAAGAAGAGCGCAUGGAAACACCAGAUUUUUCAGUUUCAGUUGAACCUCAAUAGAGACUGGAACAACCUGAAUAGUCUUGGUUACAAUGGUCAACAUUAUGAUGGUCAAAGAAAGAUAAACACUGAAGACGAUGAUGUCAAGGAAAUGAUACUUUUUUUGUUCUUCUUUGCAUUUCCUUUUUAUAAUCAAAACCAAUUGUUAUUGUAUUUUAUAUCUUUUAUCUUAUUCUCAUUAUCAACGUUUACAAUGAACAUGGGAAGACAUAAAUUCUGAAGGCAACAUGAUAACACCAUUCUUCAACGGUUAAUUCAUGUUCAAACAUCAACAUGAAAGCAACAACUUUUAGUGAAGGAAUGAAAAGUUCAAGUUGAUAGCGUCACAGUGGACCAGCUUAAUAUCUUGGUCAAUCUUGAAACUGGUAAACAUUGGAAUGUGCUAAUUCAAGAAUCUGAUUGCUGAAUGAUAUUGGAAGCGGAAAAUAACACCAAACAGGAAAAGUAAAAUGUUUUUUUCAACAAAAUGAAUAAACCUGCAACUCUUCGGAUAAAAACAAAUCAGUUGUAAAACUAUUAGAUAACAAAACUAUUUAAGAAAAACAAAUAUUCUUCCCAUCUUUUCUUCUCAUUAAAUCCAUUCCCUUCAACCUUAUUAACGAUUUUGUUCAGACGAACUGUUUAUGACAAAAAAUACGUUUCAAUUUAUGAAAAAAAAACUCUUUAAGCCAAUAAAAAAACCAGUCACAAGCACAAAUUA